UAUAUGGUGCCCCUGCUGAAGUCAUUCAUGCGGGCACGCCUGGAGGAUCUGGCUUACAAAGAUGCUGAAGAGAAGUCUAAGGCUGCAACAGAAGCAUUGUUGUCAGAACUUGAUCUUAGUGACAAGAAGGGCCCUGACAAAGGAGGUGGUAGGGCAAGACAAAGACAGGGAAAAUCCAAGGAUAAAAAGAAGAAAAAGGAUCACAGAAAGGCAGAGGAACAAAAGGCAACUGGAUGUGGCAAGGAGCAGCAGGAAAAUGUGGUGCAAAUUUUCUUUACGGCUGCACAAGGCAGAGAUGAUCCUCCUAAUCCUGAGAUUGUUGGUCCUGUACCCAUUGUUGAGUUGGAGCAAGAGGGAUGGAAACUUACGCCUGAACAGGAGAGGGAGCAAAGAAUGCUUGAAGAGCAUUUGCAGUACCAGAGGCAGAUUGAGAAUGGUGCCAAACAAAAGCACCUUGCUGGGCUAAAUAAAGCUGGAAGCAGUGCAGGAAAUAUGGAAAAAAUGUGCCUUAGGCGCAUCAACUUUGAUGACUUUAACUGGAAAUAUUUUUAUCAAGCUCAGGGUGUCAAAUCGGAUGAGAAAUGAAGCAAAUUUGAAGAGUAGCACCCCAGAGAACUUGUCUGACUAGACCCAAUUAGAAGUAAUAAAUUGUCUUUAAUGAAACACCAUCAAUAUUUGAAGAAAGGAUCUUGAUGCAUGUGAUUAAUCUUAGUUGGAAUUGUCCCCUUUCAAUCUUAGUUUGCAUCCUGUUCAGUGCUCUAACACCCAUGCAACUCCAGCAGACACUAAAGAGAACCCUA